UGGCGCGUAAUCUUGCAUGUGGUCUUUGUGUUUCAUCUUUGUAAUUUAGCUUGUCGUACAAGCAUACGAUCUUUUCAGCAUGGCUGAGAAGAGAUCUAAACGAGAACGGAAAGUGCGAUCUAAUACGGUAAGUUAUGUAAUUGAAAUUUUGAAAGCUUUCGGUGAGAAAAUAGUUAUCGAGCUUUUUGCGGCGCUGGCAACUGCACACACAAAAGCGUUUAUGAAAACAAUGUGUUGAAAGUCGCUUGGAAAAGUGACUAUUUUACAUUUACUUGUGUUGAUAAAAAGAAAUCAGGCGUCAAUUCUCGUACUGGAGAACAGAUUUGAACGUCCUGUGUUAAUUUUGUGAGUAAAAGUUACAUACGCAAUGAUUAAGUUGAAGGGAAAUUUACACGAUAAUUUAUCGUGUGUGCGGACAUGAAAUCGACUAAUAAACUUGGUUCCAUGAAAUCGGUACGGUAAAUUCAACGUCUGUUGACACUUCUGUUUACAUGCAAGCUUAGGUGUUCUGAAAAAUUGUUUUAGACGGUUUAGCUCAUUGCGGGGGCUGAAAUGACACAAACGACUCAGGUUUGCCGCUGAUUUAACUGUGUGCAUUGAACUGCUCCCAAGAUUUGGAUCCUUUUUAGUCCAAAUUCGUGUGGAUAGAAACAGCUGUCUGUAGUAGGAGAAAGUCUUACUGGUUUUGAGAUCUUUCUCCGGAACUUUUGUAAUUCCUUCAUGCUGUUACAUUGCUAAUUUAGAAUAAAGUGAAAAAGACAAAGAAAAACAAAAAAAAAAAAAAUGACAAAGUCGCCUUGGUCCGUGUUCAUGUUUCCUAUCACGGGACUUAUACUCUAACAGUAUAAUAACUGUUCUGAAGAGCAAUUUUUUUAUAUGACAAAUCAAUAUUAAUAUUUGGUAUGUACAGGUGAAAAUGUAACAAUGAUGAGACAUAUUAUCUUUAAAGGUGACUUAGAUAUGGCUUCGAUUCCUUAACUUGCAAGUUACGUUUUAUGACUUUUGACCUUCCAAAGCUCUUGAACAUAAACAUCAUUUACCACAUUAGCCGGGUUCUGAAUCAAAUUUUCCUUACAAAAAUUUUUGUUUAGGCAUGUCCAGCCGAAACAGAAAACAGUUUCCAAAUUUAGGUGACUUAUUAGACCAGACCAUAAACCAAGGCAAGCUGUGGCUUCUAUGCCUGUACUAGCCCAAGAGUCAUUUUCACUAGGCCCAAAAACAUUUUUAAGAGCAGGAUUGAUUACGGUUCUUCUGUAAUUUGAAUAUCCCCAAAAUACUUCACUUACCCAUCAGACAAGUUGAGAACAGAAUUAGAUACCCUGAUAACAAAAUCCACUAGCCCCUGGCUAUCGGACACAACUUUCUUUGCAAGCUGUAAACUAAAUAUUUCUGACUUUGUUCUUUUUUCUCUUAUUCACCAAGUCAAAAGUUACUAACUUUGCAGUCAUGUGUUGUAUUAUCAUACCACUAAGGAAAAAUCUGGAAAAUUACUUUUUUACAAGUAGUUAUAUGGUCGUGUUACUGUGGUUUGCUCAAAUACAUGUAUUCUGGAGUGCCUUAGUAGGCUUAGAAGCACUAUAUUUUGUGAGUAAUAAUUGCUUUUGGUUUUUGAUUUCCUCCAGAAUUUUGUUAUGUUUUGGUUGAAGUUUAGAUACCCAUACUCAGUAUUUGUAACAAAGUAAAACAAAACUGUGAACCAAGGAAGAAAUUGUACCCUCUAGAAACACGACAAUUUUGACCUCUUGGACAGAGUUAACCAAGAUUUUAAAUGUUUCCUCAGGAAUUCUUUGGAGCAGGUCUGCUGCACAAAGAAGAAGUAGAAUUGAGAAGGGCAUUGAAUGCAUCCUUAAGAGAAGUACGGCGUUCUCACACAAAGAAGGAAGAAAAGCCCAGUGAAUUUAUAGCGACCACAACAAGGAGUGUUUGGAGUACAACAAAUACAGAGGUAUCUCAGGAGGAUGAUCAGUCUGAUGAGUCAUUGGAAAUGACGAAAACUGUUUGUAUUGGCACAAACACAAUGUUCCGGAUUAAGUCUGAUCGCUCUAAGAAAUCAGAUGAUACCAACAAAGGAAAAGGAGGUUCUUCCAAAAAGCAAAAGACAGAGAGGGGACAGAAAAUAAACAAAGCUUCUCAGCAAGAGAGUGAAUUGUUUAAAAAACCAUUGAAAAGGAACAAUGGUGCAGAGAUCUCUUUUUGUUCAUUUAAGAAGAAAAAGAAGGGAAUUAAAGGAAUAGAAAGUGAACCAUCUUUUCAAAAUGGUUCUAAAAUGCCAUCUAAAUCCACUGCUGGUGAGCCCACUAAAAGUGGAGUAGUUGGAGACAAAGUGGGACUGAAUGAGGAAAUGGGGAUGUCAAUAGAUAUUGUAAAGAAAGGGUUUAAAAGUCCAACUAAAACAAACAAAGUUUGUGAACUUUCUGGAGGAAAGAAGCCAAAGAUGCUAGUUAAAGACAAAGCUGCUUUGUACAAGCCACUUCAUAAGAGAAAUAUGAAAAGUGCUCAUAAAAGCAAAAUUGUUCAGAGUUUGAAUGCGAAAUUUAGUGCUGCUGUGGGAGAUGAGACGUUGCUUUCUGCAGAAAUAAAAAAUGAGGGUGACAUUCAAACAGAUGAUACAGCUUGCAGCGAUAAAAUAAAGAAGAAAAGCUUUUCAGUACAAAAUAAUGGUGAAAAGUUAGAGCAAAUGUCAGGUCCCUCAGAAGUCAUCAAUAGUCAAGAUAAAAAUUGUGAACUAAGACUGCAAGUGUCAAAUGCUGGUCAUGGAAAAAUGCGACGUCGGCUGAAGCAUAAGCUUAAAGACAGAAAACUAGUGUGUCCACUAGGGGAGAUAUACAUACCAGCUAAUGUUGCCAAGACUGAAGACUUCCUUACAUUCUUGUGUUUAAGGGGUAAGUACCUAGGAUGCUUGCUUUGAAAUUUUCUCAUUAUAGCCACAUUACCUAAUAACCUCUGAAAAGCAGCUCUUAAACCAAUGAUAAAACAAAUCGUUAGGGUGUUGUCGCCCAACUAAUUGGAUACAAAAGUUUCUUUUGAAAGUAUCGCCUGCAUCUGUAAGCCUCUACAGUUGCAGUCUAGUUACCUUUUUGUGUUCAAUAUUUGUAUUUCCUUGCUUAGUAUUAUCAGUCCCUUAGCCUUCUUUGGCACAUUUUUCCUCUUGUUAGAAAUGUGCCACCCCCUUUCCUACAAAUUCCAACCUUGUUGCUCAAAGUUCUGAGCCAUUUCCUUCCACAGCCCUUUGAAUCAAAGCCACAUUCUUUUCAUCAAAUUAAUACCCAUUUUCCUAACCAACCUCCCAUGUCUUGGUCCCCAUCCCUCUCUACCAGUUUUGACUCCCUUUCUCCAAUAAUUUUCCAUCCCUUUCUCUAACCUCCUGUCCUAUGUAUUGUUUUUCUUUCGUUUAAAACUACCUUCCUUUUAACCAAGAAGGUAUCACCCCUUUUUUUCUGUUUCCCACUCCUUUCCCUUCCAAUUUAUACUUCCUUUUUCCUAGGUAAUAUUCUGCCUCUUUAUUCUCCUCAUAAGAGACCCUUAAGUUAGGCAGCCACUAAAGUUUAAUGCAUUGAGUAGGACACUCAAAGAACAAGUCAACUCCAGCUCUUGGGGUAAUGCCUUAAGUACCCUGUGAGCAGAGGUUUCUCUCCUGUAUGGCUUUUAGCAUUUACGAAGUUGUUCAUGUGGCUUGUCUGUCACGUAGUUAGCUUGUUUACACCUUGUGUUUCUCCAGAGGCAUGUAAAACAAACCAACUGUGCGACUGAAUAAAAGCCAUGACUAAAAGCCAUGCAAGAGAGAAUAAACCUCUGCUCACAGGGUAUGCGUUAAGAAGUGUAGCACACUAUUAUUUUGCAGGAUUGUCACUAAGGGCUGGGGGUUGUGGAUUUCCCCCAGCUACUAAGAGCAUGUCCCCUGGCUACUUUCAUAGGAAGCAAAAGGAAAAUUGAACUAGAAUAAAUUCCUAGCUCUUCAAUUCCCUUUCUCCCAAUUUCUUAUACCUGGCAACUUGAAAUCUUAGCAACAGCCCUGCUAUUUGCCACAAGUAGUGGUACAUUUAGCCCCAUAGUUCUCUCAUAGAUUAUCAUAUUUUAGUAGGUAGUAACAAAAUAGUUUAAAAAUAUCUCAUGUGAUGAGUGAAAAAGAGCAGUAUGAAAAGGCCAUGUCUAUAAUCUCACACUACUUAUAGAUCAGAGGGUAUGUUACUAUGAAUAAUUUAUAACAAUUAUUGUUAUAAAUUAUUUUCUCUUCUUCCAGGUAAUUCCAGUCUUCCAAGAUGUUUUGAUGUUUUCAAAGAUCCUGAUCCUUUUUUUACACAGCCGGCACAGCAGUUUCCUGGUAACAUGGCUCUUCCCUGUUCAACAUUCCCUAUGCAAUCAUCAGUGAUUUAUUCUCCUCCCUCAUCAUGUACCCCUAGUGAGUCAUCAGCACCCUCACCCAUGUCAUCAACUGAUGGCUGGAUAAUUAAUGAUGACUAA